CUCUGUUGGGUUCUGGAGGCGGCUGGUUGCGCCGAACCAACCGGCAACAGUUGGGGGUUCCCAUGCAGGUUGGCGUCAAUGGCUACCAGGACUAUGGAGAUGUGGAUGCCACCAUGAAUGCCUUCUCGCAAUGGCUCAGUGAGAUGAAAUCCCGUUCAAACAGCAGCCUGCAGGCCAUGAUGGCAGAGAUGAGCGUCAUCCGCGACGGCAUCACCUCCAACAGUGCAGACCUCACAGAGUACAAACGCCACAGCAUCUCCGUGCAACAGCAGAUGCAGUCGCAGCUCACAGAUCUGCGAGAGAAGUUGACGAGUGCCUUCUCUGAGAUCACCUCGCUUGUGAAGCAAAAGGCUGCAACUGACCAGGAGCUGCUCAGCGAAAUCCAUGCUUUGGGACGGCAGCUCUCGAUGAAAACCGCUGAGUUGGAGGCUUUGAAGAAGUCCUAUAGCUCAACUCACCAACAGCUUCAGCAGAACCUCGUGCAGCUGCAGGGACAACUUCAGUCCACCGGAAGCGAGAUUGUGUCUGCCAAGAAGCAGGCGCAAGCUGUGCAAGAAAAUGUGCAAAGCAAGUUGGACGAGGUGGAGUUGCUGGCUCAGCGGCUGCGUGAUCAAGUGGACUCUAGCGGUCGAGAGGGCAACGCCACUGCUUUGGCCGUGCAAGACGACAUUGCCAAGUUGCACGAGGCCCUGACUGGCCUCUCUGGUGACUUCUUUGAGCACAAGCGCCUCACUCAGCAAGUGCAAAGCAAACUCUCCAGCCAAGUUGCAGCGCUGGAAGAGGGCCGGCAAAGAUCUGCGAGCGUCCUGCAGGCGCCGCUCCCCUUAGACAAGGAUGGGGAGUUAGCGUCGCAGACUGCGCUGCUGCCGGGCGCGCAAGAGCGUAGCCGAUGACUUCGCAACCCGCGGGGCCUAGUUGGGAGAGAUCUGGCAUCAUCAAAAUAGAUGGAG